UUCCCAAUAGACACAGAAGCUAUUCUUAAAACAGCUUCACAGGAAGAGGUCACAGCUAGGCAUGGGAAAGAUCUAGCCUCCUGCUGGCUGGAGCUUUCAUUUGCUCCGUUGCUCCUCUUGCUCUCUGAACCCAGUUUCACACCAGUCACUGUUUGGUCAAGCCUUGAUAAUCUGUAACCCUAAGCAUAAAUCAUAUCCAAUUUAUACCAGGACAUAGUAGAGCUGGGCUCCGAAAGAGCACUGGACAUCUGUCGUACUUGACAUCCAAGUCUUUGGCUAGAUGUCAACAUUUCAUAGAGUACUUUAAAUGUUUUGGUCUGAGAGCUAAUGCAGCAUUUCUCACUGGUCAACACGAGCAGCCCAAGCAGAGAGCAAAGUCUAUUUCCCUCAACAUCAGAUGUUACACUCAGUUGCUGAUCCAAUCUUUCCUACGGAGACGAUAAGAGGCUAGAAAAACUGGAUCAUUAGUGAAGAAACACUAUGGCCACUUCAAGAUGACAAGCACACACUGGACUAAAUUGUUUCACUGAAACGAAAGCUUCUACCAAAAAGAGAAAAAAAAUUAAGGCCUCACCUCCCAAAGUUACAAAAUGAUCAAUUCCACCACCACACAGCCUCCAGAGGAGUCCUGCUCCCGGAACAUCCUCAUCACUCAGCAGAUCAUUCCUGUGCUGUACUUUGUGGUCUUCCUCGCAGGGACCCUGCUCAAUGGUGUAUCUGGAUGGAUAUUCUUCUACGUGGUCAGCUCCAAGAGUUUCAUCGUCUAUCUCAAGAACAUUGUCGUCGCUGACUUUCUGAUGAGCCUGACCUUCCCCUUCAAGAUCCUGGCCGAUUCAGGGCUGGGGCCCUGGCAGAUCAAUGUGUUUGUGUGCAGGGUGUCUGCUGUGCUCUUCUACGUCAAUAUGUAUGUCAGCAUCGUGUUCUUUGGGCUCAUUAGCUUUGACAGAUACUAUAAAAUUGUAAAGCCUCUCUCGACUUCUUUCAUCCAUUCAGUAAAUUACAGCAAACUCCUGUCAGUGGUGGUCUGGAUGCUCAUGCUCCUUCUGGCUGUCCCCAACAUUAUCCUGACCAACCAGAAGGCUACUAACGGGAAGGUGGCGCAUAUAAAAUGUGUGAAACUUAAAAAUGAACUGGGACUUAAGUGGCACAAAGCAUCAAACUACAUCUUUGUGGGCAUCUUCUGGAUUGUGUUUUUUCUGUUGAUCAUUUUCUAUACUGCUAUCACGAGGAAAAUCUUCAAGUCCCACCUUAAGUCCAGAAGGAAUUCCACUUCGGUCAAGAAGAAAUCUAGCCGCAAUAUAUUCAGCAUCAUGUUUGUGUUUUUUGUCUGUUUUGUACCUUAUCACAUUGCCAGAAUUCCCUAUACGCAGAGCCAAACAGAAGCUCAUUACAGCUGCCAGUCUAAAGAAGUUUUGCUCUAUGUAAAAGAAUUCACUCUGCUACUGUCAGCUGCAAACGUAUGCCUAGAUCCUAUUAUUUAUUUCUUUCUAUGCCAGCCAUUUAGAGAAAUCUUAUGUAAGAAACUGCACAUCCCACUAAAAGCUCAGCAUGACUCAGAAACUUCCAAAACCAAAAGAGGAAAUACGAUGCAUGAAAGCACAGACACUCUGUGAAUUCCCACCUCCUUUCAAACAAAAUCCAUGUACACAUAUUGCAAUGUUCAGUUACAUAAGACUAAAUAAGAAACAUGUCCAUGCUAAUAAGUAUCAUCUCUAGGCAUUACAAUCCAAUUUAGUAUAAUGAUGAAAACAAAAUAUAAGUUUCCCUGCUUUUUUAUAACAUCAGAGAAAAAAGUAACACAUGCAUUACUCCAUUUUAUUCCAUCAAAGCAGAAGAUUUAAAUCACUAGCCUAGUCAGUUAAUGUAGAAAUUUAAAUAGCAUAAAGAAAAUAGGAAGCAAUCAAGGCAAUUCACUGGGGCGUCUUCCUUCUCUAAAUACAAGGAUUAAGUUAUGUGGUUUUUUUAUGUUUUAUAUGGAGACUUAUUAAGCCACUAAAUGAGCCUGGAGCUCUGGUGUUAAAAUAUUUUUAAGU